ACUUGUAGCAACUUUGAAAUUUAUUUUGACGCGCGAUAUUUCGCGAAAAUGUCAAGUCGUAAGAAGACAAAAUCUUGGACAUUUGUACCGGAAAGGUCUCGACCUCCACCGAAUAAAAGAGCCACACGGCGUCAAACGACCCUUCGGGCCUUCACCUUUGUUCAAGAUUGGGAUCCUAAGAUAUCACCCAUCCCACCACCUAUCAACAAUGCUAGUCAGAAAAAGCAAUCCCAUAAGAAAGACAGGAACCAACCACCUCUACCCCAGUCUUCCAGUGGUUCCAUUCGUGAGUCCCCCAUCGCUCAGCUCGUUAGGUCCAGUCCUGGACCUAUCAUUGUAUCUCGCAGGAUUCCAGCUCCUGGAAGAAGUCCUUUCAAUCGCUCUCAAGCCUUUUCACCAUCGCCAUCCACGGCAUCCCAGGGUUCUUCACCGUCUAAAAGCGUUCCUGGCAGUUCGCAAACAUUGUCUGUAAAAACAAGUUCCAGUCCCUCUUUUUCUGUUCCAAAAUCAAGGAGACAGCGAAGUGAAAGUAAACAAAGACCACCGGUCUCGAGAACAGAUGAUGAAGCGAUUGCAAUAUCUCCAGCAACUAGCGAGAGUGGUAAAGAAAAUGUGGACGCAAACAUUGCAAGCAGCUCCAGUGUCGGCCCUGCUGCCAGCACUUCCCGGCUACAUGAAAGUGACAUGGAUAGUGGUGGAGUAAGCGACAGUGUGCCAUCAAGGUCUUCAACGGCCAAAAAGCACAAGGGACAUGUCGAAAGUCUCUCGGAGACAGAAAGCCUUGGGAAAACAUCAAAAUCGACGGGAUCGGGUAGAUCACGAAGGAGACGAGGGCCUAGCUUGACCUUCAGAAAGAAAAGUUCCAAAGGAAGAAAAAGCCUGUCUUUUCAGGGUCGAAACAAAUCCACCAGUGAGCUUGAUAGUAUUGAUGCAACCGUGCCAUUGGACAACGACAGGACCGAGCAGUCUCAUGUUUCAUCAGCCUCAGAUGAUGAAAGCCAAGUGACAUUUCCCAGAAAAAGCCCAGGUUCGAAAGUGACUGACAAAAAGGGAAGUACUACAAAAAAGGCUCAACAAACACCUCAUGAGCAGGUUAGUGACUCGUCUGAUGUUCCACCUGAAAGUAAUUUACCCACGCCAGGAAGUGUCCAGGCUUCUCGAAGCCUUUCUUCAAGUGAUCGCAGCAGGACUACAAGCUCUCGGAAACGAAGGGGACCCAGAUUGACAUUCCCAAGGAGAAGCAGAACAAAACCUAAGAAUACGCCUCGUGAUGAGGAAUUCUCUUCUGAAAUAAAUUUGACUUCUUCUCUAUCAAAGACCAGUAGCAGAAAGAGAAUAAUUCCAGAGUCUUCUGAAUCGGAUAGAAAUAUUCCAGAGAAAGUGCCCAAGUCUCCAAGGAAAAAAUCCCAAAGCUUGACAGGUCAGACAUCAAGAGCCAGUAGUUCCAGGACCGCAAAGGGGAAACAGUCUUCAAGGUCAACGGGAUCUCAUAGAAGAGGUUCUGGAAACGAAUCAAGAACUGAUUCCAUUAGUCCGGAAGUUUCUAGAUCUGGAGGAAAAAAGGCCAGGACCCCAAAGGGAAAAGAGUUUUCAAGGUCUAUAGGUACUGAAAGCAGUGGUUCAGGGACAGAUUCCAGGUCAGAUUCUUUUAGCCGUAAAGGUCCUAGAUCUGGGGGAAAGAAGACCAUGACCACAAAACAGUCUUCAAGAUCAAUUGGAUCUGAUAGCAGUGGUUCUGGGACAGAUUCUAGAGCAGACACUAGUAGUCGUAAAGGUCCUAGAUCUGGAGGUAGUAAGGCCAGGACUCCAGAUGGAUAUCCUCUAUCCAAGAAGAAAUCAAAAUCUGCAGUCAUACCAAAGGCAGUUGGAAAGACACCAGACAGAUCUAUGAGCUUUAUUACCGCCACACCUCGGAGUGGUCAUGUGGUUCGGCACCAGCCCAGGACACAACAAGGUGAGAGUUCUGGACCGGUCAAAACAAAGGGUCAAGCUGGUCCAAAGAAGAGGGCAGCAGGAACCGAGUCCUCUGAGCCAGGCGAACCGGAAGAAAAGAGAGCAAAAGUGCGAUUGUACACAACUGGAGCCCGCCCUCGCCUGGUUGGAGACACCACUGAUUUGGACAUCUUGUUCAAUUGCCUUGAAGACACUGCUAUGGAAUUCAGGGAAACACUGGAUGCACCGCGUCACAGGAAGGCAGUCACCAAGUUCGUGGAACAUGCUAAAAACGAACUCACAGACAUGAUAUCCAUGCAGCACGACUACAAGCUGCAGAGUCUGAGCUUAUCAAGAAUGAAUACAUCCAUCAGGAAAUACCGACAUGAGGUCCUUGACUUACAGAGAGAAAGCACCAGACUCGAUGUUAAGAUCGCAGAGCUGAAGAAGACUCGAAACACAUCCGAGGAUACAAAGGCCAAGACACUGGAAGAAAUCAACUUGUUUAUCAGUGACUUGAAGAAUCUCCAUGACAACUACACAUCAAAAUUCCCAAAGGAUGUCAAAUCUGUGGCACCUGUUGCCCAUGAGAAUGUUGAGGGCUUCUCAUCUGAACUCCAGCCAGCUCUAGAACUACAAAGCACCAUAUCACUGGACAACAAGCUACGAGAGUGGCUUGGCUCGUAAAGAAAUGUACAGAAUUAUCCAUUUACUUACAAAAUUUAUGUAUUUGCAAAGAAUAUUAUAUUAUCACCUGUUCAAGCGUGUUCAGACAUUUAAUGACAAAUCACCCCAUAUCCGUUGUUGAUAAACGUGCGUCAUGUCCACAUUUUUUUUCGCCCACCGGAGGUAAAGGCAAGAUUUAGGGAUCC